UUCAACGGUUUGAGAGUGCGCACGCGUGUGCCAGUGUUGUUCCCGCGCGUCGAUCGAAAGGUGUUCGAAAAGGUUCGUGAUUGGGUACCGUUUGGCCGCUGCAGAUACCUACAGAUUGUGGAUCGUUAUCGUCGGAGUCGGAACGGUGCCUGAGUGCCAAUCGCAAACUAGCCACCAUCAAGAUGAUCGUUGGAAGAGCGGUUGCUGGCGUUUUCUUUGCACGUGCGAUCGUGUAAAGAUUCCGGAAAACGGAAAACGACCACUGUGGCCACAACAAAACCGAUAGUGGCCAGGAUUCACGUGAUUUAUCUAGUGAACUUUCAUUGACAUACCCACCCUGCAACAACAUCAACAGUCGGUUGUUAUUUAAUGCAAGUGUGAUUGUUAACUGCACACAGCCGUCAAUUUGUGCCGUUGGAUAGAUAUAUUUUGGAGAGUCGCCCGCCCGUCAGGGGUGUUGCCUCGAUUGUUUUUUAUUAUUAUUUGGCCAUUUUAUUGCAACAGCUCCGACCGACCGACCGACCGACCAACUCGGCCGACCAGCGCAACGCAAGUGGGGCAGCAGCAAAUGCACCGUGCGAAACAGCAAUUUCAGUCUGAUGGUCAGUUGCGUAGCGUUUUUUUCUGAUUCGGAGCAACCCUACUCUUCACAUAACCCGUGUGCGAUCCUCGUUUCGUGUGUGAUCGAGUAACGAAAAAAUAGAAAUAAAUCGUGUGUGCGUGCGUGCAUGUGCAGGAGCUGGAGCUGGAAAGCUCCUAUUUGAUUCCGGUCCAAAGGCGAACGGAGAAUAGUAGUAAAAGCAAGUUUCGGUGCAUCUCGAGGCUGUGCAUUCAGUGCAGUGUUUCAGUGUCUGUCUGUGUGUGUGUGUGUGCGUGUAAUUUUGGUGCUUUUGUUUCAACUUUGUAUUGUACCCCAAAACAUAAUCCUGCUUGCGGGCCUCGACAAACACACAAGCACUUACUUUGUUCGGUGUUUUCUGAUCGACUGCAGUGCCGAAGCUGGGUAAAUCGAAUCUAGCCAAGUGCAGUUCACACAUAUGAACAAGCGUACGAUCGGGCACGCACGAUCGUUGGCACGCACCGCCAAGCCAAGUGCACCGCCGAUAGGCCAGUUGCGGGCGAGGCGCGCACGCUAGUGUAGUUGCCUCACGUGAAAAUAGUAUGCCAGCCAGUCGGUGCAAUAGGUAGUUGGUUUUGUGCGUCUUUCGCAAACUACCCACCGGGUGUCUCUUUGCAACUGCUGCUGCGAAACGAAACAGCGACGAAAGAAACGUAAAAUUGCUUGUGAAAGGUGCCGUGCAACAUACCACCACCAACGCCUCUGUCGUUGCAGCCACCGCUUUGCCUGCGUACCUAUUCGAAGAUCUUCCAUAGGAAAGCCAAAAAUUAAUCAAAAUGACUUGCGGCAUUUCUUGUGUGGACAAUGCACUGAACAAAUCUUUCUUCAAGCUGGGUCUCUUUAUCGGGCGCCAUCCAGGCUACUUUCUGAUAGUACCUGUCCUAUUAGCUCUACUAUGUAUGACCGGCUUUCAACAAAUAAAAUACGAAAUCGACCCAGAGUAUUUGUUCUCGCCGAUCCGGGGCGAGGGCAAAUCGGAACGUGCCAUCGUUGAGAGCUACUUCAAGGUCAACUAUACGCACCGUUUCAACGUUGGACGAAUUACACGCCCGGGACGGUUCGGCCGAGUAAUUGUUAUUUCGAAGGACGAACACAACAAAAAUCUCCUGCGCAGUGAAGUUUGGCAGGAGCUACGACUGCUGGACGGCAUCAUACAGAACGCCACGGUCCAGUACGAUGGCGAAACGUUCACCUACCGGGAGGCAUGCGCUCGUUGGGAGAACGAAUGCUUCACGAACGACAUUCUAAACCUGGACAAAAUCAUUGACGAGGUUGAAGCCGGUGACUUAAACCUAACUUUUCCCGUAAUGUUUAAUCCCGUCACGUGGGACGCACACGUCUUUCCGGUGUUUUUCGGCGGGACGCAAGUGUCGGAAGACAAUCUGAUCAUUUCGGUGCCAUCGCUGCAGCUGGUGUACUUUGUGACGGCCGAUUCCAAGCGGCAGGAUGCGCGUGGUGCUGCCUGGGAGGAGGCGUUCCUGGAAGCGGUCGGGUAUGCGGAGGAUCAUGGCGUGUUUAAAUACAUUUCGGUGGCCCGCUUCGCUUCGCGCACACUCGACCACGAGCUGGAGAGGAACACGCGAACGGUGGUACCGUACUUUAGCUCCACUUUCUUCCUGAUGAUUGUGUUUAGCGUGGUGACCUGCAUGAUGGGUGACGUGGUACGUUCGAAACCCUGGCUCGGGCUGAUGGGCAACGUGUCGGCUGUGAUGGCAACCUCUGCCGCCUUCGGACUGGCCAUGUAUCUGGGCAUCGAGUUCAUCGGAAUCAAUUUGGCGGCACCGUUUCUUAUGAUUGGUAUCGGAAUCGAUGACACGUUCGUCAUGUUGGCCGCGUGGCGACGGACGUCCGUGAAGCUUACCGUGCCGGAGCGCAUGGGCCACAUGAUGUCCGAGGCGGCCGUCUCCAUCACGAUCACCUCGCUGACCGACAUGAUCUCCUUCUGGAUCGGCAUCCUCAGCCCGUUCCCGUCGGUGCAGAUCUUCUGCGCGUACAGCGGCUUUGCCGUGUGCUUUACCUACCUCUGGCACAUCACCUUCUUUGCCGGCUGCAUGGCCGUAUCGGGACACUGCGAGUUCAAAAAUCUGCAUGCCAUCUUCGGAUACAAGGUUCUGCCGGAAUCGGUUGCUAUAAAAGAAAAACGAUCAUGGCUGUAUCGGAAGCUGAACACAGGUGGAAUCAACCGAGACGAUCCGGAUAAUCCGAUCGACAACCGGGAACACGUGCUGAUGGCAUUCUUCCGCGAAACGAUGGCACGCAUACUGAACAAGGGCUGGACCAAAACCAUCAUUCUGAUCAUCUUUGCCGGAUAUCUGGGCGGUGCCUGCUUCGGACUGACCAAGAUCAAGGAAGGUCUCGAGCGCCGAAAGCUCUCCAAGGCGGACUCGUACUCAGUUAAGUUCUUCGACCUGGAGGACGAGUACUACCGGGAGUUCCCGUACCGCAUACAGGUGAUCGUGACCGGCGAUCUCAACUACUCCGAUCCGCACACGCAGAUGCAGAUCGAAGAGUUGAUGCAAUCGCUCGAGAACACGUCUUACGUUACUUCGCCACUGUACAGCGAAUCUUGGCUGCGAUCGUUCAUCUCGUACGUCGAUCGCAACAAUGACUAUCUUAACCUAACACUGGACAGUGAGCAAGCGUUCAUCGAUGCACUGCGCGAGAUUUGGCUCUUCCCGGCGAACCCAUUCUCGCUGGACGUAAAAUUCAACGAAGCCGGUACAAAAAUACUGGCCUCACGCUUCAUGAUACAGGCGGUCAACAUUACGGACACGAACCACGAAAAGGUGAUGGUGAAGGAUUUGCGCCAAAUAUGCAAGGAGUCGCCGCUGAACGCUACCGUCUUUCAUCCGUACUUUGUGUUCUUCGACCAGUUCGAGCUGGUGCGACCCACCUCCAUACAGUCGAUGAUCGUCGGCGCCCUGAUCAUGAUGUUGAUUUCCUUCAUCUUCAUACCGAACUUCCUGUGCUCGCUGUGGGUCGCCUUCUCGAUCAUCUCGAUCGAGCUGGGCGUGGCUGGGUAUAUGGCGCUGUGGGACGUCAAUCUCGAUUCGAUCUCCAUGAUCAAUCUCAUCAUGUGCAUCGGGUUUUCGGUCGACUUUACGGCUCACAUCUGCUACACGUACAUGUCCUCGAAGGCGCGCACACCGGACGAGCGCGUGCGGGAGGCACUGUACAGUUUGGGCAUGCCGAUCGUGCAGGGCAGCUUGAGUACGAUCCUGGGCGUGGUGGCACUGCUCCUGGCUGACAGUUACAUCUUCCUGGUGUUCUUCAAGAUGGUGUUCCUGGUGAUAUUCUUCGGUGCGAUGCAUGGACUUUUCCUGCUGCCGGUGUUGCUUUCCCUGUUUGGGCCAGGCUCGUGCACUUCCGGCUACCAUCCGGACGAUGAUCACAAGCUGUCUUCGGUGGAAAAGACCUAUCCCCAUCCGUACUGCAUUUCUCAUCCGCAGCUUGCACUGACGGGUGCAUUUGGUAGCAAAAAUUUCCUCGGCGCUCCCUACAAAGCGUACGGUGAGGAUAAGGAUCUGGGCAUCGGGACGUCCGGUGAGGAUUCGAGCGAAAGCUCCAGCAGCAAGUCCCAACGCCGGCAGGCGAUCGAGGAUGAAAACACACGCCGCCGGUACGAGGAGGGAUGGCGUCGCUCGACGCACAACCUAACCGGCCAGAGCCAGUUCCAGCCGAUGCUGGACCUGUACGGACAGGAGGCACUGUGGACAAAAACCGCUGGCAAGAGUCCGCUCAAAAUAGCAAACGGUCGGUACGGGUACGACGAUAUGCUGCUCAAUGUGGCCCAAGGCCAGACGACGACGGUCAAGCAGCCACGAUCGGCGGACUUUGAGCUGGACCGAACGGAGGAACGUCGCGAUCGCCGCAAGUCGGAUGACGAGCGAUACAAGUCGCGGUAUGAAGAUAACCGUACGUUCGUGGACGAUGAACUGAUGGACGAUACGGACUAUCAGCACACCAAUCGGUACUACGUCUACGACACCAGCCACGUGAAGCGCCUUUCCAACGAUAGCGGAGCGGCCGGCAGUAGCUCCACCAACCAAAACACCAUGAACCAUCCUGGUGGUGGGGCCAGUCUGCAUCACAUGAGCCAACAGCAUGGCAACGGCAGCUCGGCAGCCGGAGGAGCAGCACCAGAACACCAAACAGCUCCCAGUACAACGCGUAGAAAGUUUUCCGACGAAAGCGACAAACGCCGGCGCCACAGUGACGAGCGACGUCCGCGAAAGUUUUCCCCGCCCGAGGGCAUCUACAAGCAGAAUCCACAUCGCUCAUCGUCGCAACACAAUCUGUACUAUCCUCGGCAGCCGCCCCAGCGGACGGCUUCCCAGAGCAGCCUGCACCAGCUGCGUCACAUGGGCGACAUGAGAUUUCCUUAAUCACCCCCUUCUGCUCCCUAACCCCCUUAAUCCUCCCCCCCCCCCCUAAUCCAUUCCUGAUUCCUGAUCACUCAACAUUUAACGGAUGAACUGAUUCAUUGUAAACUGUGUACGUAAGCGUCAAUCGAAUUGUCCAUUUGUGUCUGAACGAGUGCGUAUGAAUGACUGUGUGUGUGUGUGUGUGUGGGUGAAUGAGUGCCUGUAUGGGGCUGCUGGCUGAAUGGCUGCAAGAGCAAGCACAUAUUGCAUAGGAAAAUAUCAUUGAAUGAAUGUUCUUAAUCGCGAAAUAGUAGUAAUUUAAAACAAACAUGCGAAAUAUCCGCACGUUACAUCAACAAGAUUCGUGUGGCUCAUCCUCAUCGGUUGUUCCCGGAUGCAUACACUAAGAAGGGUCGCCGGGAGACUGUUGCAACCAUCUCUUGCUCACCAUUAAUUUCAUUAAAGUGUAUUGUUCUAUUAGCAUUCAUCCUAUACUGACUCUCUUCAAGGGACGGAUAAGUGGUAAGAAGGUUUCCCAUGACAAACGUCGGCUCUCCAACUGAAGAAACGGGCCAGAUUUGGGGCUAGAUGGGGCUUGUAUUGAUAAGAUACCGGCAGUUGGCUUUUGUUGGUAAGAAAACGUAUGUUCAGUGCUAGCAAAUUCAUUAAAAGAAACCACACACACGUUGAGGAUCACACAGGGAGUUUAAGUAUAAUAGAUUUGGCAGAUGAAAGUGUGUAAAACGGUUACUGCUCUACUCUAUGUUGACGCUAGUUGACGAAAGGUCAUCACCGUGUAUAGGAAGCGCGUUAGGUGGAAGUGUUUUGUGCAUAUGGGCAUAAUGAGCGCCUUUUUCUGCUUGGACUGCUUGCUAUACCUCCUAUUGAAGCAACAAGUGAAACAUUGUUCUACGUCGUAUCCGCCUGAAGCACUAGAUCAUGACUAGCGUAUAAGCUUGUAUAAAUAAUAGAUUUACUGAUCCUUCUGAUUCCGGGAUCACGCUUCACAUUACUCAACUUAGUUUUCUAUUCAUCAGUUUGUGUGCUUCCCCCCCUCAUUCUCUCUGUCUCUCUCUCUCUCUCUCUCUCUCUCUCUCUCUCUAUAAGGGGUUCGAUUUUUCCGCUAAGUUUAAGAAGUGAAGAAUGGCGCUAUAUGACAGAUAGAUAUUAAAAAAAAAAUCAUGGGGGAAGUAAAAAACAAAAACGGCGAUACGAAAGCGCCAAAUUUGUGAGUGUGUUGUUGGAAUGGAAAAAAAGUUGAUAGCUUGGUUACUGGCUGUAAGUAAACGAUUUUGCGGAUUAGUUUUGGAAGCAUUACGGUGCAAAUCCAACAGCAACUGAACAAAGUGCGCAGAAUAUAUGCAUCGUUUGAAAUAAAUAGAGAAGAAAAAAAAACACAUGUAUAUGAACCUAUA